AUGAUUUUUAUUUUUAAUAAAAUUAUUGUUGAGGAAGAAGAAAUCCUUGCUUAUAUUUUGAAAGAAGAUCAUGACGAUGAUGAUGCUUAUAAAGAAAAAUUUAAAGAAUAUUGUGAAGAAUUGAGAGAUAUAGAUUCAGAAUUAAAUGAAGUUUAUAGCAAAGUUAAAGAAAUUUCUGGUAAUAUAGAACAAAAAUGCAAAAACCCAGAACUGAAGAUUCAUGGAAAAGUGGACGAUCUUUGUAAUUAUAUAUAUCUAUUUACGAGUAUUGGU